UCCCACAAAACGCUACGUCCAGAUGAACAGAAUCAACUUUUGGAUUUUAUUUACUUACCUGGAUGAUUGAGAUGCAUCAAGACACUUUACGGUACCUUCCACUUUGAUUUGGGGUGUGAGGCGAGCAGCUGCCCCCUGGUAGCAUCACCUGUAGCCACCACAACCUCCUGAUGUCUGUCUGAUGAGCGCCAUCGAAGGAUGGCAUCCUGUCCUAACCGACCAAUCAGCACACAUUGGCAGAACGCUAAUACAAAAUGGUCCACUGUGUCCGUUCACAGAGGACAGUGUCAGAGCCCCCUGCUGUGCCGCCGAUCCAUAUGCUUACUUAAUGGUUGAUGGCCCAGCUGCACCCACAGCACGCCCUCUGCUGGCUUAUUCACCCAAGAGCUGCGAUGAAUAAAAGCAUGCUCACGAGGAAGCGAGGCUGACGCCGUCACGUGGCUCACUGGUUUCUGAAGCCCUCAGGUUAACGUUUCCUCCAGCGCCAUCUUGGUUGCAAACUAGCAGAUGUGAUGUGGAGGGGCGGAUCUGACUAAAAAGACGAGUAACUAGAAGUCAUUAGCCAAUCAGCAUGCAGAUUGAAGUCACAUGAUCAAAAUGUAAAGAAUGAAUUUGACUUUGUAUCAAACUGUUGGCAGAGGUCAGAGUUCAGAAGGCUGGUUUCUCAUACUUCUAUAGAACAGGAAGUGUCGCCAUCUGGUGGCCAUCAGAGAUAAUGCAGGUUUUCCAUCCUGGCUUCAUUUUUACCUCCUGCGGUCAUGAACAUGUGCAGUCUAACUACUGAUGAAUCUGGUAAAUGAAGAGUGUGUGUGUGUUUCAGGCUCAUUGCUCUCAGCAGCAGGUACACACUCUGCAGGCUGAAAAUCUGAGUCUGAGGCUCCACCUGGAGGAUGCUCAGAGGCACUGCACACAGCUGGAGGACUUAGCCAGGUCUCACACACAGAGCAUGUCUAUCCAGCAGGGGGAGCUGUUUGCACUCAGGAUGGAGGUGCAGGCUCUCAGGGAGAGACAAGUGCAAAGCAGCAGACACCAGGCACAGCUGGAGGUGGAGCUUCAGCAACUGAGGGAGGAACUAAGCCAGAAGGUGCCGCUGGGACAGGAAGACGUCCACAGACUUCCGGCUCAGCUCUCAGGUCCAGCAGAGGAGCGGCAGGAAGAUGAAUCCCGGUCUGAGGCGAGCAGGCCUAACCUCACACUGCCCAGAUGCUGGCAUCAGUGCUCUGGGACCAUCCAGCAGACCAGGACCACCAUGGCUCACAAGCACAGCCAGGAACACAUGAGCAGACCGCAGGCCCGGCCGGAAGCCCGGCUGGACCGGGACCAGGUGGUGCCCUUUGAGGAGCCAGAGGAGGAGGUGCAGAGGAGUCAGAGCAGGCACAGACUCCUGCAGAACAGUCUGCUGCGCUCACAGAGCGACGCCCACCAGAGGAGCCUCGGCCACCUCAACAGGAAGUUACGGCAGCUCAGCAGGUCCAUGCACAACACCGACCAGCUGACUGUGGAACAGCUGAAAUUCACCAUCGAACUGCUGAGAGCGCUGAACCAGCUGCUGCACACACAGGCCAUCACUACACCCAGCCCUUGUCAGGUUAAGGCUGUGUGCAGGCAGGAGUGGAAGUAG